GUUGAGGUCUGGGUGAAGUACAGUGGCAUAGGGACCAGGGUAUGAGCUGAUAAGGGAGGGUGAAUUUUAUGUUUACCCUAAUCUGUUGAAGAUGUCCCUACUCUUUCUUCUUGCUCCCAGGCACAAAGCAGCUUCAUGUUUUUCUCUUUAAUUGGGGCUCAGAAAUUACCUUUUUUGUGUUCCUUUAUUUGUUCUUUUGUUCCUUAUAGAACAAACUAAAUAACUAUAAUAAAUAUGAUAUGAAACGUAACAGAAGUGGUGUAAAUGUGAUUCCUUUAUUGGCUAAGUAAGAUGACAAUAACAGGAAGCUUUCUAAAGGCAACCCCUUCUGCUCCUGAAAUAUAGCAAUGUUAGUCAUGCUUACUGUCUGAUUACCUUUUUGACCAUAUUACAACCUUAGCCCUCUCCCAAUUUUCUCACACAGUGCCCAGUUUCAUUAUCUAUGAUUCCCUGGUCCCUCCUGCAACUCCCCCAUCCACCCACUAGCCCUCCCCCAGCCCACUUUACAAUGUGUGCAGGCUUCUCAAACAGAAGCACUUAUAAUGCCUCGGCAGCAGUAGCUAAGCUCCUUCUAUUAACUCACAGCACUCUGACUUUCAGUACUCCCUGCAGCCUGCAAAUGGAUUUGUGAAGCCACUAGCAGCACCCUGGGUGCACAAGUCUGUCUCCUUAAAGCAGAAGUAAAUCACCUAUGCAUUGGAAUGUGGAUGUUUACUGACUGCUGCUGCUGAACUGAAUUAAACAGUUCCACCUGGUGCUGCAUGGGUUAAAACAUCUGGCCAAAUUGGGAAGGGGGCAACUCACACAUGUGAUUGAAACUUGCUCCGCUCAUCAAGAUGUUUCCAUCUGGGAGAAGGCACAUUGGCACCUCAUCUUGUGUCUGUUAGGGGAUCCCUAUUUAGGGUGAACCAAGUCUAGAGUACAGUUUGUGUCUGGGCAGACCGGUGGGCACAUACCUGCCCUAUCUCCCUGUGCCAGGGGGGCAGAGAAAUGAUGGAGGUGAAUAGCACUUGCUUGGAUUGCAGGACACCUGGUACCAUACUCACAGAGCAGGAUGCACAGGACAGGGCAUCUCAGGGACUCACCUCUGCCCUGGCGGUGGUUCUUAUAUUCACCAUCGUUGUGGAUGUCCUGGGCAAUGUGCUGGUCAUUUUGUCCGUUCUCAGGAACAAGAAGCUGCAGAAUGCUGGAAAUCUCUUUGUCGUCAGUUUGUCUAUUGCAGAUUUGGUUGUUGCUGUGUAUCCCUAUCCGGUCAUUCUCAUAGCUAUUUUCCAGAAUGGUUGGACACUUGGGAAUAUCCAUUGUCAGAUCAGUGGCUUCCUGAUGGGACUCAGUGUUAUUGGAUCAGUCUUUAAUAUAACAGCCAUAGCUAUCAACAGGUAUUGCUACAUCUGCCACAGCCUGAGAUACGACAAGCUUUUUAAUCAAAGAAGCACCUGGUUCUACCUUGGCCUGACAUGGAUACUAACCAUAAUUGCCAUUGUGCCAAACUUUUUUGUUGGAUCACUACAGUAUGACCCCAGGAUUUUCUCUUGCACAUUUGCGCAGACCGUAAGUUCCUCAUACACCAUAACAGUAGUGGUAGUGCAUUUCAUAGUCCCUCUUAGUGUUGUGACAUUCUGCUACUUAAGAAUAUGGGUUUUAGUGAUCCAAGUCAAACACAGAGUUAGACAAGACUUCAAGCAAAAGUUGACACCAACAGACUUGAGAAAUUUCUUGACCAUGUUUGUGGUCUUUGUACUUUUUGCCGUUUGCUGGGCACCCUUGAAUUUUAUCGGCCUUGCUGUGGCCAUUAACCCACUCCACGUGGCACCAAAGAUUCCAGAGUGGUUGUUUGUGUUAAGCUAUUUCAUGGCCUAUUUUAACAGCUGUCUCAAUGCUGUCAUCUACGGUCUGCUAAAUCAAAACUUCCGCAAGGAAUACAAACGAAUAUUGAUGUCCUUAUGGACUCCAAGACUGUUGUUUCUUGACACGUCUAGAGGAACUGAAGGAAUGAAAAGCAAGCCUUCCCCAGCGGCAACCAACAACAAUCAAGCAGAUAUGUGCGUGUAAAUACAACUUUCCACCAAUGUGUACUCUGUUUCAACUAUAAAUAUGAGUUACUUUUAUGGCAGUCGCACCAUGUGCCUAAUUCUGUCCACAAAUUCUACCCGUAUGCCAAGUUUCUGAAAAUCUUGUAUAAACAUACAUUCUGUUGGCUUGAUAUGGACGAGAGGUCUUGCUUCUCUGUAGACAAGAAAUAUUUUGAAAUGUUGACUGAUUUGUUAUUAAUAACCAUAAAUGGAAUGAUCGUUUUUAAAGGUUAUUUUAUUUGAAGCACGUAGGCAAAGAAACACAGACAUAUUUAAUUUCAUGGCAGAUAAAGUUCACUCUCCCCAUUCUGUCCCCCUCUAAAGUUCAGCCCACAUAUUUUACAAACUCAAAUUUAAAGCAUAUCUCAGUGUAUCAAUUUCUUAUCACUUCUAUUAGCAACGUAUUAAAUGCUUCUGCCACCCCUUCAGGUAUUUUUUCAUAUUAUUUCUGUUUAGUCUACAGCGUGUCCACUUAUUUUUCCUGCAAUGGAAAAUCCUUUCCCUGCACUUUUUAAAGUUCCAAACUCAAUGUAACUAUUCAGUAUAGAAACAGAUUUUUUUCAGACCUAAAAUCUGCUAGAAAACUUUGCAGUCAAUCUUCUUUCAGUCCUCUUGCAGAGUCUUUGUUGUCUGGAGCUCUGAGCUUACAUACAGUAUUGACUGGCCUUCCUGAGCACCAGAACAUCUUUCAGUAGGCCCAGGACCUAGUGUGCUCCAGCCUGGAUAAAAUUCUCAUUAGCUCUUUCCUAUUUUCACCAAAAGCCUAUAUAACUUCUAUACAAUCUAUUUAUUAUGGGCUGUAGAUGUUGGGCUCUCUGGUGCACUCUAGGAAGCCCUGUUCACUGUUUUACAUAUCACUGCCAGUACUGAAGCUGCUUUCUUUUCAAUGGUUAUUGCAUUAAUCCUAUUCUGAAUUAGAAACAUUAUAUUCUAUAUAAUAUACACAAUAAUGUAGUAUUUCCUAUACAUUUACUAAAUAGACUCUAUCCAGAUACAGAUUGUAUUUUUUUAAUAAAUAUCUGUAGUUAUGUAAACCUUUCAAAUACAGUGUUAAGGAACAAUUGCAGUUAUAAGCAAUAUAUUUUUACAGUUACAAAGAAUGUAGGUAUUAGUAUUUGUAGCUUAAUUGAGUCUAUUAUACCGCUGGGGUACUCCAGGCUGCAGUAAUGCACCUUGUGACUAAUUUGCUUGCAAAUUCUAAGAAAAGAGAGAGGGACUAUGCAUUGGAAGGUUUAUUUAUAAAUAAAUGUAAAUAGCAGGGUUUUGUUGAGCUACAGCACCAUCCCACUCACAAGCCCUAUUUUGGCUUAUAUUGAUGUAUUCUGACCCCUGUAAAAGGGGGUAAGAAUGAAGGAAAGAAAAAAUAUUUUGUAGCACAUAUAAAAUGAUUGCUAAAAAUAUUUGUAAACAAAGUCACAUGAAAUCAGCUGCAUAUACAGUCAGUCAUACAGAAAUAUUGACAUAUAUCCCCCCAAUGCUGCUUUUUUGGAUCUCGUUUGGUGCCAAGAAUUUUGACCAAAGACCUCAUGAUAAGAUCAUUAGACCUUACAAAGGGUCCUUUAUUUCUUUUUUUUAAUCAACGUGGCAUCCAGGAGACAUCGGGUUUGUGCAAUAACUGAGCACCAUGACUUGCUUAUCAAUGAAUAUUCUCUUUUGUACAGUCAUAAUUAACAAUCUGCUGCUUCUACAUUUGCCGGUGAUGUUUAGGCCAGCAGAAGCAAGGUCACUGUGGCUGCGCAGAGAGAAAUGGUGCGAAAAUGGUGAUCAUAAUCAGGCCAAGAAAAGCACAAAUUGCAAUCAUCUAUCACAUGUAUGUCAAAGUACAACUUCUCAAAAUGGCCCCAUUAAUCUACCACUACCUGUAUUGUUUAUCGAUUUACACUUGGAUUUAUCAAGCUCAUUUUUCAUUCAAAAGUAUCAAAAAAAAAAUUUAUUUUAUAACUCUUGAUGGAAUUCACUUUUGUGUACAUUUUCUAAAUGAUGACAUUUGCAUUUUAUUUGCAAUGUCCUUGAGCUUAACCCUGUGACAUACAUAACUGCACCCUGAUGGGUUAUUGGAUAAGAAAACGACAAUAUUAAUGAGUGCUACUGUCUCUAAAAAGUUGCUGAGAUGACACUGUGUGACACAUUCAACAUAAUGCAUCCACUGUUAGCCAUGAAGUAUGCUGAAGGUGAAUAGUAUUGAACAAAAGUGUUUUGUCUUCCAUAAUCUUUGUUUAGCUCAGCACAAAAGCAAAGAAUGUAACUUUGAGUUGCUACAAAAUACAUUUUUAAACGGAGUACGU